CGUCCUCCCUUCUCUGGCCUUCAGUUGUCAUAUAAUUCAAAGCUUCACAGAAAGCAAAGCAGAGAUGGCUCGUUCUGCUGUGGUGCAAGACCAGUCUUCGCAUGUUCGAUCUAUUAGCCUGCCCUCCAGAGAUCAUCCAUUUGCACUCAGGGUUGAGCAAGAGGUCCACAAGCUAAGGACUUGCGUGGUUUCAUGCUCCUUAUCAUCCCAGGAGAUGUGUAAUGGAUUGAGAAGGCUCAGAGAUCUGUAUGACUGCAUCGAGGAGCUCCUUCGCUUGCCUCACAACCAACAAGCCCUCUGCCAUCCACAUCGAAAAGAGUGGUUGGAAGAGGAAUUGGAUGGGUCUGUCAAGGUGUUGGACUUGUGUGGCACCUUGAGAGAUAAGCUAGUCACAAUGAAAGAGCAUCUCCAGGACCUUCAGUUGGCCCUUCGAAGAAGAGACACAACAAGCAUUGAGAGCAGGUUGCAUGCUUGCAUUCGCUCUGGAAAGAAGGCACAGAAGGAUAUCGAGAAUUGUCGCAGGCCAUCGAAGCAAGUGUCCAGCAAAUCUUCACCUUAUACUGCUGUUGAUAUGGAUUCUGAUCUAUCACUUGUGGUACAUUUGUUGAUGGAAGCAAGAGAGAUCACCAUCUCUCUCCUCCGAUCCGCAUCGCGUCUCCUUUCUGUUUCAAGAAGGCCAAAAAGGAAGGCCAGCAGGUGGUCUUUUGUUUCCAAUGCAUUGCAGAAGAGGAAGGUCGCCUCUGAGGAAGAGCACAAGGAGACAAGCGACAUGGGCAAUGAAGAUUUCUCAUUGUGCGUUUCUGUUUCAUAUGACUGCAUCUCCUGCAAAGAUGUUGAUGGUGAGAAAGUACCGAAGGCACAAGAUCGACUGGAGACACUAAAGGCUAAGAUGGAAGAUCUUGAGACACAAUUGGAAUGCCUGAACAGGCGGCUAAUCCAAAACAGAGUCUCUCUCCUGAACAUCCUGAGUCUUUAGAGCUUGCAUCAGCCUUUGUACCUAUACAAACUUCAUCAUUAGCAUCCGCAUUUUUAAGGAUCGGCUAAUGGCCUUUUCUUACAAUUUUAUGUGCAUGAAAUGAAGAGUACUCUAUAUUGUUCCAAUUGAAAUCUGAAAAGAUAUUAACAUGUCAUUGCCUUGGAA